GAGGAGUGCGUUUUCUGGAGGCCCAGUCUAUCCCCUCCCUUUGGCUGAAGCCUUGGUCCUGCCCAUGAAGACUUGCCCACCAUGUUUUAUGGGACGCACUUCAUCAUGUCUCCACCCGCCAAGAGCAAGCUGAAGCGACAGAGCCAGCUGCUGUCCAGUGUGCUGUCCCGGACACUGAGCUACAAGUACAGGGAACUGGACUCCAGCUUCUGCAGCCUGGGUGCCAGCGAUGACCCCGCAGAGCUUUCCACCCAGCUGUCAGCCCCUGGUGUCCUGAAGGUGUUUGGGGACAGUGUCUGCACUGGCACGCACUACAAGAGUGUCCUGGCCACGGGCACCUCCAGUGCCCAGGAGCUGGUGAAGGAGGCCCUGGAGCGCUAUGCCCUGGACCCUGCGUGUGCCAGCCAGUACGUGCUGUGUGAUGUGGUGGGCCGGGCUGGGUCCCCUGGACGGCCAUGGCAGGCCCAGUGCUUCCGGGUGUUUGGGGAUAACGAGAAGCCCCUGUUGAUCCAGGAAUUAUGGAAACCCCGAGAAGGUUUAUCCCGGAGGUUUGAGCUGAGAAAGAGGUCAGACGUGGAAGAGCUGGCAGCCAAGGAUGUGGAUACCAUCACAGCAGGAAUAAAUGCCCAAGCCCGGAGGCUGCAGCGAGUCCGUGCCAAGGGCACCCCGGCCGUGGACCCAGGGGCUGCCCGGAGCUCCCCUCCACCCCGGCUGCGCCGCACUGUCAGUGAGACCAGCUUGAACCUGGCCAGCACCCUGUCUGACGCUGCCCAGGGGCCUGAGGAGCCCAGCCAAGACACCAUGCGUGACUGCCUGUACCAGUCCCCACACCUGCUUCUCCUGCAGGGUUACAGCCAGCAGCAUGACAGCCUGGUGUAUGUGCUCAACCGCGAGCGGCACACGGUGGGCCAGCGCACGCCUUCCAGCAAGCCCAGCAUCAGCCUGUCGGCCCCCGACAUCCUGCCCCUGCAUUGCACCCUUCGGCGGUACCAGCCCCCCGAGGGACAGGCGGCCCUACUGCUGGAGCCCAUCCCUGGGGCGCCCAUAUCCGUCAACUUCAAGGAGGUGGGGUGGAGCACUGUGGCACUGCAGCAUGGGGACCUGCUCUCCCUGGGCCUCUACUACCUGCUGCUGUUCAAGGACCCAUCGCAGGCGCGGUCUCUGCCCGCGGGGACCCUGGCGCGGCUCCGGGCUGCGCCGCAGAACUGCAAGAUGUGUGGCAUGGCACUGGGAGCUGGGGACAAUGCCUCCUCCGUGCUGGCUGCUGUCCCGCGACGGCGGCAGCUGCUCUUGGAGUUUGAGCCUGAGGAGGAGGAUGCACUGCUGCAGAGAGUCAUGACGCUGAUUGAGCCCGGGGGGGACGACUACAAGCUGACCCCUGCCUUCCUCCUAUGCCUCUGUGUCCAGCACUCAGCCACCCACUUCGAGCCCGGCACAUUUGGACAGCUCCUGCUCAAGAUAGCCAAGAAGAUCCGCGAGGCAGUGUGGGAGAAAACCAAAGAGCUAGCAGAGAAGCAGGCGCAACUGGGGGGACCUCUGAGCCGAGAGGCCGCAGGUCUGGAAGGGAAGAUGCUCAUUUCCCACUCAGGAUGGCCUCAGGAGGGGUCUGAACUGCUUCUUGGUGCUGGCACCUGGCCAUGCUGCCAGGAGCCCAUCUCCUGGGCCAGCUUCACCAUGGCCGACCUGCUUCCGGACCUGCAGCAUAUUCUCUUCUGGAUGGCUAACUCCAUCGAGCUCCUGUACUUCAUGCAGCAGAAAUGCCCGCUAUACGUGCAGAGUAUGGAGGAGGAACUGGACAUCACAGGAUCCAAGGAGUCGCUCUUCUCCUGCACGCUGACAGCCAGCGAGGAGGCGAUGGCGGCGCUGGAGGAGGUGGUGCUGUAUGCUUUCCAGCAGUGCGUCUACUAUCUCUCCAAGUGCCUGUACGUCUGCCUCCCGGGCCUCCUGGAAUGCCCCCCUUUCCAGAUGGAGCGCCGAGAGAGCUGGCGCUCAGCCCCCACGCUGCCCGAGGAGCUGCGGCGCGUCGUGAGUGUGUACCAGGCCACCCUGGACCUCCUGCGGCAGCUCCAGGUGCACCCCGAGGUGGCCUCCCAGAUGUUCUCCUACCUCCUCUUCUUCUCUGGCACGCUGCUCCUCAACCAGCUCCUGGACAAGGGACCCUCCCUGAGUUGCUUCCACUGGCCCCGAGGUGUGCAGGCCUGCGCCCGCCUGCAGCAGCUCCUGGAAUGGUGUAGGAGCGCCGGCCUUGGGGCAGCUGCGGAGCGCUUCUUCCGGAAGCUCUCCUGCACCCUCCACCUGCUGGCCACUCCCAGCGCUCAGCUCAUCCAGAUGAGUUGGGCCACCCUCCGGACGACAUUCCCAGCCCUGAGCCCUGCGCAGCUGCACCGGCUGCUCACUCAGUACCAGCUGGCCUCAGCCAUGGGCCCCAUGAGUGCCUGGGAGCCAGGCGCCCAGGACAGCCCCGACAUCUUCCAGUCAGAGGAUGUCCUGGAGUCCUAUGAUAACCCCCCGCCCAUCGUUCUGCCGAGUGAGGGCUUCCAGGUGGACCUAGAGGCCGAGUGCCCGCGCGACAGCAUCUACCAGCACCUCCUGUACAUCCGGCACUUCCUGUGGGGCCUGCGGGGCCCAGCCAGUCCUGGUGGUGGAGCAGCCCGGGCCACUGGGAUUGAGGGUGUAUACCAUACCAUCCCUGAGGAGCACCCUGAGGGCCAGGGCUGCCCCUUGGCUCCCAGGGAUCCAGGCAGAGGAGCCCUCGAAUCUACCCCUGUGCACUCUCUUCCUGUUGCUGGGGCUCCCCGGACACAGGGCCUCCUGGCAAGGCAGCCCAGCCGAACGGGCCACAGGGGCUCCCCCGCUGGCCCCCUGAACACGGACUCCUCAUGCCUGCUCACGCCUCCCAGCAGCCCACUCGGCCUGGAGCCCAGAAGCCCUGGCUGGCCAGAACCAGGCAGCCCCUGUGGAAAAGCUCUCCCAGAAGGGCAGAGGAACGGGCUGGGCGGCCCCCCGGGUGCAGUUCUAGAAGGAGAUGCAGCGGCUGCCGCGGAUGAGCCCCCUGCAGCCCCCUCCAGCCGUAGCUCCAGCACCGAGGACUUCUGCUACGUGUUCAUGGUGGAGCUGGAGAGGGGCCCCUCAGGCCUAGGGAUGGGCCUGAUCGAUGGGAUGCACACACCCCUGGGCUCCCCAGGACUCUAUAUCCAGACCCUGCUUCCAGGCAGCCCCGCAGCCUCCGACGGGCGCCUGUCCCUGGGAGACCGCAUCCUGGAAGUGAAUGGCAGCAGCCUGAUGGGUGUCAGCUACCUGAGAGCCGUAGACCUGAUCCGACACGGGGGCAAGAAGAUGAGGUUUCUGGUGGCCAAGUCUGAUGUGGACACAGCCAAAAAGAUCCGCUUCCGCUCGCCCCCUCCCUAGGCGGGGCUGGGGGGACCCCCUCCCGCUGUCCACUGGCUGCGGUGGGUGUGUUUCUUAAACCCAUGUGUUGUCCCCAUGGUGGCCUCAUGUUGAGAACACCCUGUUCCUGUUGUACAUCUUAGUGUAUAUUUUAUUUAUAUGACAGAUGACACUAAGUUGUGGUGUUUCUUACAGAGCUUUUAUGUUUAAAGACUUUGAUGUUUCAGAAGUAGAUGCAAUAAACUAUCUUUCAUAUUCCUA